AUGAUUGCCGCCGCCCAAUUGCAACAGCAAAGUCAACACUCACUUCAAAAUGUUGACAGCGGCGCUAACAGUAGUAGCCUAAUGUUAAGUAGUCUUAGUAACUUCGAUAGCGGUAAUGAUAGUAACAAUAACAAUAGCGUUAGCAAUAAUCGGAACAGCGUCGCGAGGGCGAACGAACCGGUUACGGGAACCGGUUCAGUCGGCAAUGCAGGCAGCGGCAGCACUGCUGUCGGGUUAUCGACGACGUCGACUGACGACGACCUCAUAAGUGAGUCGGCUGUUCUCGGGGGGCUUUCCGGAGGGCUAGAAGCGCUCCAUCAACAGCAACAGCAGCACAUGGCCCAGCUAGUUGCUGCGGCAGCUGUCGCUGCAGCUACAACCACGGUUGGGAACUCCACAACAACAACCGCCCCGGUGGCACCACAACUUCACGCCGCCGUGGCCCAAUCCGAGCAGAGCUCGACCGUACUGGUGGAUCCCAACGAACAGCAACAGCACUACAGCAGCCUAAUGGCGGCAGCAGCGGUCGCAGCUGCAGCUGCUGCCGCUCGCAAGAAGUCGGUAAAGCAGGAAUUUAUCGGCACAACAACGGAUGAUUUCACUUCGGCGGCUGACAGCACUGUUGUGUCUGUACUUGGCACUGGCAAUGUGCCGCGUGAAUAA